CAAGGGAACAGCGUAGACUACGGAACAGGGGCCGCGCGCAGCGUGGGUGUUCUUUUCUGCCUUACCAGGCUAGCCGCGUCUACAAGCAUAUUUCCACUCAAAAGUGUCGCACAUGGUGCUUGUUCAGAAGCAGUAUUGGAGGGUGAACAUAAUCGCGAAGAAUGCCUCCAGAUAGGGGGUCCACAAGAAAACCGGCACCCCCAGACAAAGAUGGCACAAAGAAAACGACAGCAGUUAAAAGUCACAACUCUAAACAAGAAGGUACUAAAGGUAAAAGAACAGCAGAUGAUAAAGACAAGCGUAAAGAAGAUCAAAAAGCGACUGUCGAACGUACACCGAAAAGUAGAGACUCAUCGUCACUGCGCGCGAAUGACAGCCGAUCACAGCAGAAGACGUUACGAAGGGGAGAUGAUGUGCCAGUAAAAAAGCGAGAGAUUGAUAAAUCUGAUAGAAUAUCGUUAGAUAAACGAGAUAGUAGGAAUACAACAGAUGCGUUGAAACAGAAGUCUUCAAGAAAUGUAAGUAAUGAUGUAAACAAACUGAAGGAAACAUUAAUGAAGAGAAGAAACGCUGCUGAAAAAUCUACAACACCACGCCGCCCACCAGACGUAUCAUCUCGAGAGCUACGUACGUCUACUCACAGUCUCUCAAGAAAAACGACCAAUUCUCUAAAACCCUCUUCUACUAGUUCUCCAAGAUAUGAUUCAAAAAGUCAACAAAAAUUGUCAACAACCACAUAUAGACAGGUAGAUCAGAAUAAGCUGCAAAGAAAUGAAAGCAAAUCAAGAACACACGGGAAGGAAUCCAGUUCUGGAAUCAAACAAUCAUUAGUCACCAACACCACUGAUUCAAAUGAAUUGUCUGCUGCAGUCAAUGCAGAGCCUGCUGCAUCACAUAAAAAGAAUUCUGAAAGGCACUCACGCAAGAGCAUUGAGGAAAAUAUGGCUCAUCAGAGAAGUCAACCACAGAAACUCAGUAGGGACCGAACAAGAACCAGGACUCUUAGCCCAAGGGAAGUGAAAGUUGUAAAAGAUGUUGGUACAUUUGACAAGCAGAAAAUGAAAGAUGAAAUUGAAAAGUUUUUGAAUACACCUUCUACAUCUUCAGCUGUACCUCUUAUGCCCCCAACUAUGGUAGCAUCAAAAGAAGAACCAAAUAUUGAGAAUGAUGAAGACUAUGAGUAUGAGGAUGAUUUUGAAGACUAUGAAUCUGACUUUGAAGAGUGCACGGAUUCUGAUGAAGAUAGUGAAUCAAGUACUUCUGACAGUAGUAACAGUGAAAUUGUUGCUCAGGAUAAUGAUCCGAAGAAUUCUUCACAACAGCAGAAACCUUCAGUUGAAGAAGAAAAGAAAAUGGAUUCUGGUAACUAUGACUUGGCUGAAAAUCAGCGCAAAGAAAAAAGGAUUCAAGAAUUAAAACUGGCUGUUGAAAAGGAAAAUGCCACAGUUGCUCAAAAACGAAACAAACCACCGCUAGAAAGAUCUGAGCAAGUUUUUGAAGAUGAAGGUUUUGAGGAUGACAGAUCUGAGGAAAUAAAGAAUGUCAGCAUAAAAAUGAAACAGAGUUCCAUAAAUUUUGAAAGUGCAAGGAAGACAAGAUUACAACAACAGAUGUUGAGAAGAGUCAAGAAACGUGGUGAGCAGCUUAUGAAAAUGAUCCAUUUUGAUGUUGUUAGCUUUGGUCUUCUUGAUUUACCACCAAUUCCAUAUGAUAUUUACAUGAGAUGUUAUGGGAAAUGUAAUUCUGUUCAGGCAUAUGUUCAAACUAAUGAAGACAAUUUAACUGAAGAAACUCAGACAGAAGAGAUAACAAUGAAAAAUAAAUGGACACAGAACCCAGUGUCUUUCCAUACUCUCAAAAAAGAAGAUGAUAAGAAUAAUGAAAUACAAUUGUUUUCACAGGAAAGCAGAGGUGUUGGUGGUGAUGAAGUAGAAGAGAAUGCUGAUGUGUGGAAGUCAUUCAUAAAGGUUGAUACUGUGAGAUUAUCUCAUUUCUUGCAGUCAGCUGGGAAGGCUGUUUUAAUAUUACUGGAAGAAUCAUUACUGCAGAAAAAUGAAAAGUGGAAAAAUAAAACAAAGUUACCUUUCAGUGAUGGAUUUGUGUCACUGAAUGUAGAAUCAGUGGACUGUUUGAAAAAUAUACCUGUCACACUUAUUCGAUUUCCGCCAGGACAGGCCACCAUAUUAUUGACUGCUCACCAAGGGAAAGAUCAGGUCAGCAACUUAUGUGUAUGGAGUCUCUUGGAACCAUCAAAACCAUUCAUGGUGCUUUCAUGCCCUGGCGCUGUGUCAGCCGCCUGCUUUGACAGUCGUGCACAUGUGGUUGUGGCUGGUUUAUCUGAUGGGACCAUCUGUCUUUGGGAUCUUAAAGAAGAUUCUGCGCACCAUAUAACUGGGAUGAGAUCACCAACAUAUAAUACAGCAAAUUUUUUGAGAAAAGAUGGGCACUUUCAGUCUGUUGUGGCAAUAGAGCCCAUCACACACAAAGUUGAAAAUACUGGUACUGUACUUAGCAGUGAAGUUUCUCCAGCACAGAUAUGCAGUCUAGAUGCUGGUGGUCUGAUUGUCAUAUGGACAGUGAUACAGAAUUCACAGACUGAAUUCUUGCCUGCCAGGGCAUCCCAAAUGGACCUAGGUCUAGCAUACUGGGGUAGAACCAGUCUUAUACUGAGCUCAGUUAUCAACAUACCUGUCAGGAUGGCCUCUUUCACUCUGCUCAAGGACGCAGAAUACCUUUCUUUAGGAAUUGAUGACAAGGACCAUUUAUAUGUUGGAACAACAGCUGGACGUAUUAUUCACUGCCUGAGAUCUGGUAUGAAACCGCGGCCAAAGAUGUAUCUCACUUCAGAUGAUGUUUGCAGUCUUGCCACAUGCAUUGAUGUUUGCCCUUUUGGAGAACCAUUCUUUUUGGUUGGCUGCAGUGAUGGCAGUAUGAAACUCUUCUGGCGGAAUUCAGAAAAAGGGAUUGCACAGACACCUGGUGGCACAUCACCGUUGGUCUCUGUCCAGUGGUUGCACCAUUCACCAUGUUCAAUUUUCAGCCUUGACCACUCAUCCAGGAUACAAGUUUGGGAUCUGAAUGUAAGUGAUGUGUCACCAGUUCAUUCUGUCUGCUGUGAAAAAACAGCAACAUCCAUGAGGCUUUCACCAAGACAUAUUAAUGGAAGAGAAAUUCCAAUACUAGUCCUGUCAUUUGAGGAUGGAACCAUGGAAGUUCAUCAGUUGAGAAAAGAAUUUUGGAAUCACUCUCAGAAUGAUUUUAGAGAUAAAAUUAACAACUUUUUGAGGUAUUCUGGUAUCUUCUAAUAUGAAUUAGAUCUGGUCCCAAACACAAAUAUUUUGUUGUUGGUAUUGGUCAUAUGAAAAUCAUGUACUGUAGAUAUAAUUUAAUUUUGUAAAUAUGAAUGCAUUUAUAUGAAUAUUGUGUCAGAGUUUUCCUUUGGACCAGUAGACACUCACAUGUUUCUCAGUUUUGUUAUUGCAUCUGAACGAGAUUGUGACCUGAAAUUUAAUACAUCAGAGUAUGUAUCCAUGAUAUUUUUGUAGGAUAUCAUACAUGUGAUUUAUAUGUAUAUAAUCUGAAUGUAAUAUCAGAACACAUUAUUUAUAUAAGUUGUUAUUAACAAUGAACUUUAUAAAAAGAAAACUAUAGUCCAGUUGUCUGAUAAAGACUGAUGUGUUCCAUUAAAACUGCCUUACAUGCAUUCAGGUUCCCCAUGCACUUAUGAGUUGUAAUGGAAUCCACAUAUAUUGAAUACAGUUCUUUUUGUCUAUUUGGCUUUAUCCACCAACACAAAAUAUUGAUACUAUAACUGAAUAUAUUUAUUUUUGGAAAAAAAACUUUUACCUUUUUGUCUCCUGACAAAUGUGUGUUGUAGAAAUGAAUGAACCAAUGACUACCUUAUUAUAUCCAAAUCGAAAACUGAUGCUGAGGCAGAAGCAAAAACUGUUUCUGCAUCCAACUGCACAUUACAAUUUGUGGAUACUAUUAUUAUAAAUAAAGAUUUGUGAGUUUCAUUACACAGAUUCAUCCAUCUUCAAGGUACAUUCUAACUUGGUAGAUACACAGUUCAUAGUCGCCAGGAAGACGUCUUAAAGAAGGUGAUGUUGAUAGUCUAGGCCUUCCUUCAUGGGUCACUGUGCCUAUGAAACACCAGUACUGUUGUUCAAAAAGGCUGGUGUCUGCCUGGUUGUGGCAGUAAAGCUUGAAAACCAGGCCAGCCAAAAGCUUACCCAAAACUGUAAUUUUGGAGGGGGGGGGGCGUGUUUUUUAGUUUUGUGCCAGAUGGCAAUAUAGUUUUCAAAUUCCAUGACAAAUGGCUCUGCGUACAUUUGCCAUUAGUCAGUAUCAAACAUCAUCACAUUCUGGCUUUCGGUUCAAGCUUCAAUUUGUGAAGUUCUUUCUGUCCAUGAGGCAAAUAGGAAUUAACUACCACUGCACAUUCACACCGUGAAAAUGGAUAGGAAGAGCCUGUGGAGCAAGUCCAAUAGCUGGGGCAUUAGAUGAAGAAGUUCUUGACCUCCAUGUGCAGUUGAAGUAUGCUCAGCCGAUCUUGACUCAUAGCAUCAGUCUUCAGGUGUCAACAAUAGGGGCAAAGUAUUGCCAAAAUCAUCUGAUAUGUUGUAAGGAUGCUGACAAAUAAGAAAGUCUCUGUUGGAAACCAUAAAAGAUGAAUGACCAGUGUGCACUAACUCUGGUGGUUCACAUUGCAAAUUGAGAUGGCUCUGGUGCCUUUUCAGGCUGCAGUUGUGAUAAUGACAAUACACUGACCAAGACUGUUGACAAGAUGAAUUUAAUUGCAGAUAGCAGGCUUUCACAGCCAGUAUUUGUGUUAUUGCUGAUCAGUGUUGGACUAAGUCCAUCAGAGGCCCGAAGCAGUGAAGCUAGAUGAGACCCAUAGUCUGCUUAGAAAUUGGUGUAUUUGUAGUGUACAUUUUGUAAAAUAUGUUGAUGUAAUGGCUGACGAAAAAGAAAA